CUCAUAGACUCUGUGCUCUCUCUGCAGGUCCAGUCGAGGUGCAGCAGCAAGGAGAACAUCCUCAGAGCAAGUCACAGUGCUGUUGACAUUACCAAGGUAGCAAGAAGACAUCGCAUGUCUCCAUUCCCAUUGACAUCUAUGGACAAGGCCUUCAUCACAGUUCUGGAGAUGACCCCAGUGCUUGGAACAGAAAUCAUCAAUUACAGAGAUGGAAUGGGCCGAGUCCUUGCUCAAGAUGUAUAUGCAAAAGAUAAUCUACCACCAUUUCCAGCAUCAGUAAAAGACGGCUACGCUGUCAGAGCUGCUGAUGGCCCAGGGGAUCGAUUCAUCAUAGGGGAAUCCCAGGCUGGUGAGCAGCCAACUCAGACUGUGAUGCCUGGUCAGGUAAUGCGCGUUACAACCGGUGCUCCAAUUCCAUGCGGUGCUGAUGCAGUGGUGCAAGUGGAAGAUACAGAGCUCAUCAGGGAAUCGGAUGAUGGCACUGAAGAACUAGAGGUUCGAAUCCUGGUGCAGGCUCGACCAGGCCAAGAUAUCAGACCUAUAGGACAUGACAUUAAAAGAGGUGAAUGUGUGCUGGCUAAAGGAACCCACAUGGGUCCGUCUGAGAUUGGUCUCUUAGCAACUGUUGGAGUCACUGAAGUAGAAGUUAACAAGUUUCCAGUGGUUGCGGUCAUGUCAACAGGGAAUGAGCUACUGAAUCCUGAAGAUGACCUCUUGCCAGGAAAAAUUCGGGACAGUAACCGUUCGACUCUCCUAGCUACAAUCCAAGAACAUGGCUAUCCAACAAUCAACUUGGGAAUUGUGGGAGAUAACCCAGAUGAUUUACUGAAUGCACUGAAUGAGGGUAUCAGCCGUGCUGAUGUGAUCAUUACAUCAGGAGGUGUAUCUAUGGGGGAAAAGGACUAUCUUAAACAGGUGCUGGAUAUUGAUCUUCACGCACAGAUUCACUUUGGCAGAGUUUUUAUGAAACCAGGCCUGCCAACAACUUUUGCAACUCUGGAUAUUGAUGGCGUAAGAAAAAUAAUCUUUGCGCUCCCAGGCAACCCUGUGUCAGCUGUUGUCACCUGCAAUCUCUUUGUUGUUCCCGCACUGAGGAAAAUGCAGGGUAUCCUGGAUCCUCGACCCACCAUCAUCAAAGCCAGGUUAUCAUGUGAUGUAAAAUUGGACCCCCGCCCAGAAUAUCAUCGGUGCAUACUGACUUGGCAUCACCAAGAACCACUACCUUGGGCACAGAGUACAGGGAAUCAGAUGAGCAGUCGUCUGAUGAGUAUGCGUAGUGCCAAUGGACUGUUGAUGCUACCUCCAAAGACAGAGCAGUAUGUGGAGCUUCACAAGGGGGAGGUGGUGGAUGUCAUGGUCAUUGGAAGGCUAUGAUGUCACCAGCAAGAGCGAAGCUUUGAUGCAUGUCCACAUAUCAUUGACUGUAUCCUGUAAUAUGCAACGGCACAGCUAGUUUUUCUGAUUUGGAUAAAAGUUGAUCAGUAUAGUCAACAUCUUGAAUUAUAUUUCAAAUGGAAUUUAAAUAAAUACCUUUUAAAAAAAACUUUAAAACAAAUCUUAACAAAGAAAUUUAUUCUGAUUAUAUCAAAGCAACUUUUUCCUUUCCUUGCAAUUGCUUUGUGUGUUCAAUGCUAGUUCUAAUAGCGGUAGCUUUUAGUAGACAGCAGUAGGUGCCUGCAGAACUUGUGUUUUUUCUCAUCUUUGAGAUACAACUACUUAUGCUCUUAAAACAAGGCUGUCUGCUUAUUUAUACUAGCGUAGACAACACUUGGAUUUCCCUUAUUAGUAUGCUUCAUAACCGCUUCACAGAGAGCUUCUGCUUGUUCUUUAUCUUGUAUCUCGUGUUGAUGUGCACAGUGCCAAAAGCAGAGUGGCUGCACUGGGAACCCAAUGAAGCCCCGAGGUUUUCCCACCUCGCUGUGCAUUCAGGGAUCUCUCUUGUCCCAGCAGCCACCCAGCUCAGUACUCUUGGGCAGUAACUGGAUACCUUUUAUUUCAACAAACAAACAAAAAAAUUGCUUCCUUAAGUGCUGACAGCCUUUUUAACCAAUACAUUUAAAAAUGUACAGAACUAAAACCUAAAAAAAAUCAAAGACUGAUCUUGUACAGAUAUUAGUGUUACCAGCAUUCGUGUGGAAAUUAAAUGAGCAAAGAAAUAAAACUAAUGUUAAACAACUCUGUACCAUAACAUUUUCUGUAAUGAUAUUGAAACUUAAAUGAAUAAAAAAAAUCCUCAAUCAUUAUUUAAAA